AUGGCUGCCGUGGUCGCCAAAAAUCGCAAAGAGGCGGUGAGGGUUUCGGGAUCUAGGGGCGCGGCGAUUCGCGCCGAAAAUCACAAAGAGCCGGAAAUUGCAAAGAGGCGCCCUUCGCCGGACCUCGAAUCAGAAGGUGGAACUGUGGAAGGGGCAGAUCUCAUCGCUGCGAAUCGCGGUGGAAUGCGGCCGAUACAUUCCCUGGCACAUACUGAAUGGUCUAGUGAGGUCCGUAGCAUCACUUAUUCUAGAGAUGCCACUUCUGUACCCAUUGCCUAUCGUGUCACGCUUUACGGAAGUGAUGCAGAGAUCUUCAGAGAAGCAACGGGCAACGCUUCAGUUAGCGACACAAGCUAUGGGGGUCCUGUGCAAAAGGCAGAAGCAAUGGCAUUUCAUGGAGCUUAUGCUCGCCUUGGCCUGGGACUUCAUCUUUAUCAUCAAGACUUGGAAUAA